AUGUUUAUGUUUUCAGGACCGGUGCCAGACUUUCAACGAUCACCUAUAGAUAUCAAUCGCUUAGGAGACAGUGUAUGUCUUGAUGAAGGAGCAGCAGGCGCCGAAGGAGACGACGACCAGCGGUUCAAUUUUUCGGCAUUUUUCGGCUCGUCGCCUGGCCUUUCUACUUUGAAGUCGAACACCAAGAAGAACAAGAAGACUGGUGAAGAUGGAGGAAGUUGGAGAGAUGAUGAUGAUGAUGAUAGUGAUGAAGACUCGGCAGAUUCAGAGGAAUCGGAUGAGUUUUUUGGGUUCACCUAUUUACCGAGCGAUCCGGAUGAGUUUAACCGAGCCCAAGAGGAUCACCAGAGUCGGCAGAGAGCUGAACACAAUCAUCAGCAGCAGCAGCAUCCUCCUCCUCGUCGUCUUGAUAGUCAGCCUAAUUCUCAGCCCACUGUCGUCCAUCAACUCGAACUUGCUUCCCAAUCUGUCGACAAUCUCUUGCUCAAAAUCAACAGACUUAUCGCGCAAUCCGACUCGAUCAUUCUGAACGCUCAGCCUUCUUGAGCUACACUCCAGCC